AUGCCAUCAGAUAAGCACAAUAAAAUUACGGUAUACAACGGGACAAUUGGUGUUAGAAGUCAACAAGUAGUACUAAUUGCAAAUAAUAUAUUAUGGCGGACAUCAAAAAGCUUUAAAUGGAAUGAAGCAGAAAAAGACUCAGAAAGUCCAUUUAGAACUCUGUACUUAAUAGUUGUUAGAGUGGAUGCAGUCCUUCAUCAAUGUGAGCUGAACAAAUUGAUGGUAAUGGACAUUUUGACAGCUGCUGUCACAACUCAACGAACAAGUUGCAGCUUUGAAGGAAAAUUUUUGAUUGGAUACAGAAAAAUGUCAGUCGUUUCAGGAUGUAAAGUUAAUAGAACCAGGGUUGGGCUCGAUAUUUGUUGCCUUUUAAUAAUGAUAUCUCUGCAUUUUCUUAACAAUGGAUGUCCCCAACAGUUGCUCCUACUUCCUCACUUUCCUCUUUCACUCGACAUAAAGCAGACUCAAUACUCCUCAAUGCCUCACCAAGGUUCGUUAGCUUCAUGA